AUGGCUGCAGUGGUGAUCAGUGCGCCUUCAUCGGGUGCGGACUCGGCCGGCGCUCCAGGAUCCGCGCACAGCGUAUAUGGAGGAGGUCCAUCGGAGCUGCAAGAGAGAAGUCUGCAAUGUGGCAUGUGCACGAUCGGAACAGCGACAGGCCAGGCCUCUCAUGAUCAACAGCUGCAGCCCGCCGUUUCAGAGAAUAAUUUUAUUUGUUGCAGACUCUCCAGCAGCCGCUUCCCAGUGGAUAUUGGAUCAUACAGGCUCCGCGACGGCCACCUACCCGACCAGACGCCCCUCAGCUCGAUAGAAAAAUCCCAGACACUCCAGCCAACACCUCUCUCCACCCGUCGGAUACACAGUACCGGAAAACACACCCUGAGAUCUGUUUCGGCCCGAGCCUCAUCCCGCGCGCCGUCUUUCGUCCGCCGCGCCGUCCACCAACCAGCACGCCAAUCCCCACCGCACCACACUGCCCAGGGAUCUCGUGGCAGCGGAGCUCCUAACCAGCCGUCCACCCCGUCCCCACCCCCUUUCUUGUUCUUCUCCUCGAAUCUUGCGGCGUGCAGCCAGUGCCAAGUCCCAGAUCGCCUCCCAGCCUUACCUCCGGCCAUCCCCGCCUUGAAACCCUUGGAGGCGCCGAGCCAGUCGAUCGCUCUCCAAAGCCGCUCAAGCAGCAGCAGCAGUCCCCAGUGGGUGCUUUAG